AUGAAGUCCUUGAAGGCCGUGCAGGAUGCAUUGCAGGCGCAGCCAAAGCUCAGCCCGAUCGCUUCGUCGCCCUCGCCCUCUCCGCGCUCACGGAGCCGCUCACGCCAGAGAGCGGGGCCGGUGCCGGUGCCAGCGGCGCCAGGCAAAGACCAAGCGCAGUGGUGCGACCGGAUGGGGGCGGUGAAGCUCCGCGUGUCGACAAAGACCUGGGACGCUUUGGGCGCCUUGCUCCGCUGCCUGCGCAGCCUGCGCCAAGCCCCUCGGACCGCCGUCGCUGGCACCUCUGGCACCGCGCAGCGCAGCGGAUCUUGCCCCCUGCCGCCAGCGGUGCCGCCACGCCCAGCGCGGGCGAUGGCGCAGAGGAUGGAGCUGCCAACGGCACGGCAACGGACGGCGUUUUUAGAGGUGGUCGCUCAGAACCCUGUGGUCAUCGUGCAGGGUGCGACAGGUUCUGGAAAAACCACACAGCUCCCACAGUACAUCUUGGAACAUGCUGCCGAACAGAACGAAAGAUGCAGGAUCUUGGUGACUCAGCCCCGGCGUGUGAGCUGUGUCAGCGUGGCGCGGCGAGUGAGCGAGGAGCGUGGUGAGGCACUGGGCCACACCGUGGGCUAUGCCAUUCGACACGAGCAUCGCGGCGGCGAUGCCAGCUGCUUGACUUACUGCACUCAAGGGGUGUUGUUGAGGCGCCUGGAAUCGGAUCCGGAACUUCAGGGCAUCACCCACAUCUUUGCUGAUGAGGUGCACGAGCGCAGCCUGGAGGGCGACUUGCUCCUCCUGCUGCUGCGCGAGCUGAGCCGAAGGCGCUCCAGCCAUCACUCGCUGCACAUCAUUGCCAUGUCUGCGACCUUUGAUGCCCAUCGUUUGCAGAAGUACUUUACAAACGGAUCCAUUCAGCCAGUGGUCUUCAAGCUUCCAGGCAAGAUGUUUCCAGUGAAGACCAUUUUCUUGGAAGAUGCCCUGGAAAUCACGAAGCACCAGCCAGACGGUCCAUUGAUCCCCAACCGUCGCCUUUGCUUGAGCCGAUACAGAGCGAGCACGAAGUACAGCGGGGCGCCGUGCUCACAAGCACCAAAGGUGGAGGACCUCAGCAACUACUCCGUGCAGCAGCGCUAUGGGCACUUGAGUACGUCCACCCGCUCCGCCCUGGCCGCGAUGGAUCCCAACCACGUGAACUUC